AUGUAUAAAAACGGUCACACCCUCCCAGAGAAGACUCGGCAGGUCGUCCUUGAGGCUCUGCGGUACUGCGAAACUGCAGACCGCAACCUCAAGGUGGCGCUGAUAGACGCAGAGCAGCGCGUAAAACAGGCGAAGCAAGAGUUCCUGGAACGAGAACGGGAGGCUGCGAAACUGUCCAACACUUUUGCAGCUACAAGGCUGUCUAGAAUUAUGGAGCUCACAAACUUCAUUGUCAAUCAACAGCAAGUGGAUUUGUCAGAGCUUAAGCCUCUGGAAAUCGAAGCUAUAUAUAAAUGUUUCGUGCCGUAUGUUAAGCAGAUGAAGGUCAUUGAAAUACGAGAACAAGAAUUCCACCUCGUAAAGCAAAAAAUUGAAACCAACGCGGAAAUUUACACGCUGUAUAAGCAUGAUCUGGCAACCAAGGACAAGCAUUAA